GCAGUCCCUAGACAAUGGCAAGUGUCUGACAAGGAAAUGAGCAGUUGAACGUCACACCUCACCCAGUGACAAGCCAGUGACAACAAGAAAUACCAGCAGAGACAUGGAGCGCUCAGUGCUGGCCAGUUGCUAUGUGGGAGCUGCACUAUAAAUUCCCCAGCAACCUGACCCUCCAUUCACUACUCAGGGCUGGAGGCAAGCGGAGGGCUCCAUACGACUCUCUUCUCCCCUUCACUGACAGCCACCGGCUAAUGGUGGAGAGAGGCUGCCAGCACAAUGAUAGAAGCUGUCCUUCUCCUCCUCAGUGCCCUCACCCAAGUCACAUAUGGACAGCUGAGGGUGAAUGGAAUUUCUCCAAACUCUGGGAGUCUCAACGGUGCAACCAGGAUCACAAUACUAGGGCAGGGCUUUGCUGACGCAAACCAGUUUGAUUACGGAGAUGGGAACGCUGCCCUGGGAAAUAGCGUCCAACUGGUGUCGGCCACCUUGUCCAUUCCCUGUGACGUGGAGAAAGAUGCAAGCCAUGCAGGCCAAAUAACCUGCUACACUAGGCCAAUGCCGGCUGACAGUUAUCUCAUAAGAGUGAGUGUAGAUGGAGUUCCUGUGCCAGACAGUAACAUUUGCUAUGGCAAUCUCCAAAGCGGGAACUGCAGAUUCACGGCCCAUAUGUACUACACCCCUGUUAUAAACACUAUAACCCCAUUCUCUGGAACUCCAGGUGCAAUGAUAACAAUCAGAGGAAAAACCUUUACCAAUGUGUAUGGCAGCAACACAGCUCUGAGCUCCAACUCCAGAAAUGUCAGGGUAUUAAGGGUUUAUGGUGGGGGAAUGCCCUGUAACUUGCUGAUACCAAAGUCUGAUACCUUGUACAGACUACAACUUGACAGCACCAACAGUGAUAUGGGCACACUGACCUGUCGGUAUUCUGGAACAUAUGUUGGUCAUCUCAAUAUCAGCUUUAUUUUGGACAGCAAUUAUGGACGGAGUUUACCAAGCUUGGCCACUUAUUUUGUGUCUUCCCUGAAUAAAAUCACCAUGUUCCAAACAUAUGCAGAGAUCACAGGCAUUUCCCCCUCUGUUGGAAGCACUGAAGGCGGCACAAUCAUCACAAUAACUGGGAGCAACUUUGAUCAAACGGAUGCCCCUGCCCGAGUUCUUGUUGGAGGUCAGGACUGCAUUGUUCUUGGACUAACGGACACUACGAUAACAUGUCGAACUCCACCGAGGCCAAGUGUCCUGCCCACCCUGUUCCCAGGCAGCAGGGGACUGAAGUGUCAAAUGUGGAAUAAAACAUCUUCAUAUGCAAUCGACCAGGCCAUAAAUUUCAAUGAAAGUACCCCUAAUUAUGCUGGCGUUAGCUGGGUAGAAGAUGCAUCCCAGGCGUGGCCACUGUUAAAUUUUAUUGCCCGCCUCAGUGGCUUUUUUGUACCUUCUGAAACGGAUGACUACACCUUUUACAUCAAGGGAGAUGACUAUUACAUCCUCAUGUUCAGUGAAACUGGGGACCCAGCAAACAAGACAAAGGUUGCAAAUAGCAGCUAUUUCCCUUCUUACUUCUCUUAUCCGUCACAGAUGUCAAGAACAUUUAGGCUUCAAAAAGGAAAACCGUAUUACAUUGAGAUAUAUCUAAAGAAGUCCGGGGGAACAUCAGCAGUAAAUGUGGGCGUAUAUAAGCCUAGCAGUGUCUACAGCGAAACACAGACUGCCGAUGCCGUUAAUGAAUUACAGGGUAUAGUGUCCCAGACAACUGUGUUACAAGAGCAGCAGAUCAUAACAUUGCAGAACUGGAGCACAUCUACAGCAACAGAGGAAGUUCAGACAAUUACAGUUACAAAGCUUUGUGAUAGUGCUUGCCCGGUGCUGUUCUACAGGUUAAUUGUUGGAAGUGAGAAAACAGAUUAUUUGUCAGCUGAUGCGUCGGCCGCUGAUGUUCAGACUGCCCUAAACAACUUGUGGUCUCUGAAACCAGACACUUUCAACGUAACCAUGACAAGCUCAAGCAAUGAGAAUAUCUAUACUGUGACAUUCAACUCCCAAAGAGGUGAAUUCCAGUUGCUUUCCUAUGAGACCCCAGAUGGGAGCAACCUUACUGUGACUGUGGCGGAAGAGACCAAAGGAAGAGCUGACAUGGGCACCUUCACCCUAGUGUGGGAUGGAGUUUACUCAAAGCCUAUAGCAGAUAAUGCAUCGCCUGCAGAGGUGGAGAGUGCCAUUGAGGGGAUGCUGAGUUCCAUGUGCCCAGAUGGCUAUGUGUACAAGGAAAACAUGGCAGUCAAAUUCUUCAAGAAUUAUGAAAAUGAUUUCACCCCGAUGUGCUUCGCAUAUAAAGGAGCCCCAGCAAGUCAAAUUUACCUUGCUUUCCAGUACCAAGCAAAUUCCGGCCCGGCUACUUUGAGUCACUAUUUUUCUUAUAACUUUCCGGAGUCAGAUAGCUGGACGUACACGUGCGUCGACUUGUUGAAUCUGAUAAAAACCACUUUCCCCGGCACAAACUAUUACGUGCAAACUAUUGGUCUACAAGCGGCCUCGGUCUUCUACAUCGAUGUGCUCUAUAUUGGGCAAGUGGCUACAACCAACAAUAUCAAUGGUGCAGCUGUAAGAAGAGAACCCGCAUUGGCCAGCAGAGGAAUAAUGAUUUCAGAUGUUGCUGUGACUUCUCCGACAAACAGUUCUUUAAACAACCAGUACAAUAUAAUCAUCACACCAGCGAAUUGUGGCUACAAUAUUCCACUAUUAUCCGUUGGCUUUGCAGUGAAGACUGAAAACAUCUCUGGAAAGACAGCGACCUACAGAGGGGGUUUGUGGCCCAACGGCACGGCUAUUACAAUCACCAGAACACAGGCUGCCUCUCCUCCAAUCGGGGGCACGUUUAGCAUUGAGGCUUAUGGGAAACAGAUUCAAGGUCUUGCAGUCAACAUAUCCAGUUCAGACCUACAGUAUGCCUUGCAGACCAUACCGGAACUGGGCCGAGUUUCUGUAAGCUCCAGAAGCGUCAGCUGUGCUGGAAACUCCUGGAAUAUUAAAUAUUUAACAUCCACAGGCUCUCAGCCUCUGUUACAGAUAAACGACUCCUUGGUAACGGGUAUAAAUGCUAGAAUUACUGCAAAAAGCUUAAUCAGAGGAGGUCUGUUCCGUCAGCACUUGUUGGGCGACUUCUUAAGGACCCCCAACAAGAACCCGCAGGUUGAGGUCUAUAUAAAUGGCAUCCCAUCAAAGUGUUCUGGGAACUGUGACUAUACAUGGGUUGGAGCUCAAACGCCAGUAAUCACUGGCAUAAAUACCACUACAUCUUCUGUAGAUGGCAAUGAGACUUGGCCGGUGUUGCUAGUAAGUGGAGCUGGAUUCUCUAAAGGCUCUAUCAAUGACACAAGCUACGUGACCAUUGGUGACGCACCCUGUGCAAUUACCAGUAUCUCCGAAACUGAAAUCCAGUGCCUGAUCCAGCCAGCCAGUGCCGGUACCUUUCCCAUCAAGGUCUACAUUGGGGGUUCUGGGUUUGCGUUAUCCACUGGAAGCAACCUGACAUAUACUGUGCAGUCCUCCAUCUCCGCUGUGUCGCCAUCCUCAGGAAGCCUCGCAGGGGGAACACUUGUAACAUUAAUUGGAACCGGAUUUAGUGAAGGAUCCGUUGUCCAGUUUGGAAGCAACAAGUGUGACAUUCUGUUUGCAAAUCUAACAACAAUCCAGUGUCGGACUGAAGCAGAAUUAGCAGGAUCUGUCGAUGUGGUUGUUCUCACAAAUGGAUUUGAAGCAACGUUACCAAGCUCAUUCAGCUACAACGCCUCCUUCACGCCAGUCAUAACAGCAAUCAGCUCCAACAGGAGUAGUGUUUUGGGUGGGGCAAUUCUGACCAUUUCUGGGAAUAGUUUUGGAAGCCAGUCACCCAACAGUGCAGUUCUGAUUGGAAAUGUGACUUGCCAGACACUUCAGUGGAACCAAUCAGAUAUUACAUGCACGCUGCCCUCUAACCCUCCUGGGAAUUACAGUGUUUUGGUGCUAGUGGAUAAUUUGGGAUUUGCAUCAGUCAGUUCACCGGACCAAUCCUCCAUUACUUAUGUCUUGGAAGUUAACAGUCUCCAUCCAAAGUUUGGCUCUCUGUAUGGAGGAACUCACAUUACAGUGACAGGUUCUGGAUUUAGCACUGAUCAGACAAGCAAUGCUGUGAAAAUCGGAGACGUCCCAUGCAACAUCACCUCCAGUUCAGAAAAUGAAUUGAUAUGUACUGUUCAAAGUCCAGGCAAAGUAUUUACUGUGACAAAUAAUGGAAUAGACCCGGUGUACGGAAGCGGAUAUGCUUGGCUACCAUCAAGCCUAUAUAUUUCUCUUGGGGAUACGGUGGUAUGGACAUGGCAACCACAGCCCUUCCUCACAGGACUUGGAUACAGGGUAUUCUCUGUCUCGGACCCUGCAAAUGUAACUCACGAUGGCAAAACCUUUAUCAGUGGGAACACCGUAUCACCAUCUGGUGUCUUCUCCUACAAGUUCACAUCCCCGGGAACCUAUUAUUACAGCAGUGGAUAUGUCAAUGAUGCCAGAACCAUCUUCCUACAAGGAGUAGUCUAUGUAUCUCCAGCUCAGGAUCAGAGCAGUCCCAUAUAUGUGUCUGUUGGCGGGAUAAAAGCCCAGUACAACCCAGCUUCAGCGUUUCCAAGCGAAGUGGACAGUUGCCUAGCACCAGAGCCAACAUGUCCUCAACUCUCAAAUAUCACUUCCAGUAAUUCUCUCUCAUUUGGGUUUUCAAGCUGUUUCUCAUCUUCCAUAACCAGCAUUAGCCCUUCUUAUGGAACCAUACAUGACUCAAUAACCAUCAAUGGAACUGGAUUCAGUGAUACUGAGUGUGCCAAUCAGGUUACAGUUGGGCAAUAUCCUUGCACUGUUUCCUACGCAGACCAGAAUACUGUGAUCUGCAAUGUAGACCCUCAGAACUCCAUGCCGGUUGGGAUUGCAGAGCUGGUUUCACUCACAGUGGAUAACUAUGGAAAUGCCAUCAACGCCAUAGCCAAGGAAAUGGAUCGACGCUUUGCUCUUCUGCCUCACAUUGAUUCUGUUACACCCAAUAAUGGAUCCACCACUGGAUUCACAAGAGUAACCAUACACGGAUCUGGGUUUUCCUAUACAAAUGGCAGCACUGUUAUUUCUGGUUUGAGCUGUACUAUCAUUUCAGUGAAUUACACAGACAUUAUAUGCGACACGCUCCCCGGCACACCACAGAAUAUCCAAGUGAAUGUUCUAGUAAAUAACAUUGGGAGCCAGUGCAAAGGGUCCUGCAGCUUCUCAUACAUCAGUAGUGCUUCCCCUGCUAUAAGCAGUAUAUCCCCUACUUCUAUAUACAACUCUACUACAUUGUACAUAACUGGUUCUGGAUUGGGCACCAGCGAUAAUGACAUUUUAGUUUAUGUUGGUAACUGGCUGGCACAGGUAAUUAGUUCUAAUGACACAGACCUAGCCUGUACCAUUGGCCCUAUUCCUGCGGGCAGUUACACUGUCAAAGUUAUUGUUUUAAGCACGGGGUUGGCAACAGGGAAGUUGACUGUAACUAGCCCGGCACAGGCAACUCUUCUAACUCCAUCGGGAAGCACUGAAGGCGGCACUCUCCUAUCAAUCACAGGAAAUGGAUUUGACCCUCUAAGUACCACUGUGCUGGUUGGUGGAACAUUGUGCCAUAUUGUGUCCGUGGCCCCAAGCAACAUUCAGUGCCUUACACCUCCCUCUACAGAUGCAGGGACUGCAACAGUCUCCAUCCGUGUACGUUCUGUCACUUACCCACCCCUGAGCUUCUCAUAUUCCCAGAGUGACACCCCCAUUGUGUCUUCAGUUGUUCCAGACACAGGUGUACCAGGAACUUCAGUUACCAUCACUGGAUCAGGAUUUGGUUCAGAUGCCACAAAGACCUCAGUAACUAUAGGCAACACAGCAUGUACUAUAGCAACAAUAUCAGAUACCCAGGUACAAUGCACCAUGGGCAACCAUUCCGGAGGUACUUUCCCUGUCAUACUGAAAACUGAGAAGGGAUUCGCCAAGUCCAACGUGCAGUUUAACUAUCAACUGACUUUAACAAAUGUCUCUCCAAAUACAGGAAGCUUUGCCGGUGGAUUGAUGAUCACCCUCACUGGAUCUGGGUUUGACCAACUGAACUCCAGAGUCUUUGUGUGCAACUCAGAGUGCCAAGUAGACAGAGACCAGUCAAACCCAAACUCCCUGUUUUGUGCAGCUCCUCCACAGAAUGCUUCUGGCUCUACACGGACAUGUGAUGUUCAGGUCGCAAAUGGCAAUAAUUAUAUCCAGCUGAACAGCUCCUUCACCUACAAUUCUUCCCUGACUCCUAUAAUAUUUGAUGUGACCCCUAAGAGAGGUGGUACGGCUGGCGGGACAAAUCUCACCAUCACUGGCUCACAGUUCAGCUCAGACAUCUCCCAGAUCACAGUUACCGUAGCAAAAGCCAAGUGCCAAGUGCAUUAUGCCAAUAGCACGCAUAUUAUAUGUGUAACGGGAGCUCACUCUCCUUCACAACGUACUAAGGUGCAAGUCAACAUUGAAGGAAAAGGACUUGCCACAAUGGAAAAUGCUUCUUUCUUCUACAUUGACGUCUGGUCUUCAAGAUACACUUGGGGGGGAGACACUCUUCCUGAUGAAGGAUCGCUGGCAGUUAUCACACAAGGACAAACCAUCUUGUUGGACCAAAGCACUCCAGUGCUAAAGAUGCUUCUGAUUCAGGGUGGAAGUUUGAUCUUUGAUGAAGCUGAUAUUGAGCUACGGGCAGAGAAUAUUCUGAUCACAAAUGGAGGGCUUCUUCAGAUUGGAACUGAAGAUGCGCCAUUCCAGCACAAAGCAAUAAUUACUUUGCAUGGACAUUUACGGUCUCCUGAGUUACCCGUGUACGGUGCAAAGACAUUAGCUGUGAGGCAAGGAACGCUGGAUCUACACGGACAACCAGUGCCUGUAACUUGGACCCGUCUGGCACAAACAGCUGAAGCUGGAACUUCUACUCUCAUCUUGCAAAAAAGUGUAACUUGGAAGCCUGGAGAUGAAAUCGUCAUAGCGUCUACAGGAGAUAGACACAGCCAGAGAGAAAAUGAGAAAAUGACAAUCUUGAGCAUUUCUCAAGAUGGUAGAACUGUGAAUCUAACACAGCCAUUAACUUACAAGCACUUGGGGAUAUCGGUCACUCUUCCUGAUGGCACAAUAUUUGACGCAAGGGCAGAAGUUGGCGUUCUUACGAGAAAUAUUCUUGUGAGAGGAUCUACUAACGUUGAAUGGAGUGACACAAUACCAGCUUGUCCUGAUGGAUUUGAUCCUGGUGAAUUUGCUACACAAACAUGUUUCCAGGGAAGAUUUGGUGAAGAAGUAGGAAGCGAUCAGUUUGGAGGCUGUAUUAUGUUCCAUGCUCCAAAGCCAAAUCAGCUUUUGUCCAUUGGAAGAAUAGAAUAUGUGGAGGUAUUCCAUGCAGGACAAGCUUUCAGGCUUGGGCGCUAUCCAAUACACUGGCAUUUAAUGGGUGAUCUCCAGUUUAAGUCAUAUGUACGAGGCUGUGGCAUUCACCAGACAUACAACAGAGCUGUUACCAUUCAAAACACCCAUCACCUUCUUGUGGAAAACACUGUAAUAUAUGACAUUAUGGGAGGAGCAUUCUUUAUUGAGGAUGGAAUUGAGCAUGGGAACGUCCUUCAGUAUAACUUGGCUGUGUUUGUUCAGCAAAGCACCAGUCUCCUAAAUGAUGAUGUCACUCCAGCUGGCUUUUGGGUAACUAACCCCAAUAAUACAGUUAGGCACAAUGCAGUGGCUGGGGGCACACACUUUGGUUUCUGGUACAGAAUGCAUGAUAAUCCAGAUGGUCUCUCCUAUAACCCAUCAAUUUGUCAAAAGAGAGUCCCACUUGGUGAAUUUUACAACAAUACUGUUCACUCUCAAGGAUGGUAUGGAAUCUGGAUUUUUCAAGAAUACUUUCCAAAGGCGGGUGGCGGGUGUGGUUACACUAUUCCACAGCCUGCUGCUUUUAAAUCACUGACAACCUGGAACAGUCAGAAAGGGGCAGAGUGGGUGAACGGUGGAGCUCUUCAGUUCCACAACUUCACAUUGGUAAAUAACCAAGAUGCAGGUAUAGAAAUGAAGAGAGUUUUUUCAGAACAUGUUGGUGGCUGGGGAGAAGCAAUUGGAGCUGAAAUUAAGAAUACUAAAAUAGUCGGCCAUGUUGAUGAACUUGGGUUAGGCUCCAAUUACUGCACUGCCAGAGGUAUAGUUCUUCCAUUUGAUGAGGGCUUAACUGUGUCAUCUGUAACCUUCAUGAAUUUUGAUCGGCUGGGAUGUGCCAGCAUAGGUGUUACAUCGAUUGCAGGAUUAUGUAUCGACAGAUGUGGAGGCUGGAGCACCAGAUUUGAUGGCAUAAAGUAUUUUAAUUCACCAAACAAGGCUGGAUUCAGAUGGGAACAUGAAGUUGUUUUAAUUGAUACAGAUGGUACUCUAACAGGAGGGACUGGAAAUAAAGUGGUACCAAAAAGUGGAUUGCUGGACCCCUCACAGUGCAGUAAAAGCAGUGACUGGAGUGUUGGGUUCAGUGGAUAUGUUUGUAACUCCACUGUCAGGUUCCAUCGCUUGGCCUUCAACAAUCCAACGCCAACUUCUCUUACUGGGAAGGAUGUCAUCCUUUCAAAUUCUUUUGGUGUCAGCGUUGUACCUUUUCUUACGGAACGUUUGACUCAUAGGCCUGGAUGGAUGGCUCUGCUGCCCAGUACAGAUACUUAUAACUGGUAUUUCAGGGAUGCUGCUUACAUGUCAAACAUCAGCUAUCAGUCGACUUUCUAUGGUUUAGAGAAUUCAGACUUUGUCAUAGUAUCCCACAACCUUACUCAAAGGCCAGACAGGUUUACAAUAGUUGACACAAGAAAUGGAUCUCAGCAGCAAGUGACAUAUGGCACCAACAACAAUGGAGACUGGUACUUUAACGACAACACAACUACAUUAUAUUAUCUCGUAUCUGGAAAACACAAGUUACAAAAACGUGCUGUUGCUGGGACACUGGAUCCUAAUAUGAUAAAUGUGGAUGUCAAUCUCAAAACCCUCAUCUGCUAUUAUAAGAACUGUGUCCCUCCUCCUCCUCCAGCUUCCAUCGUUGUGCCAUCGUCCUACGACUUCACUUUGCUCCUCGUGAAGACGAGCCCUGUCCUUACGCGUACCAUAGUGCAGGAGACAACAGUUCCAUGUAUAUUUCUAUUGCUUCCCAGUUAUUGGUCCAACCAUUCAUUCUGGGAAUCAUCUGUAGAGAACAACAAAACGGUUCCAAAGGAAGGAUCGAACGUGAUCAUCCCUGCAGACAAAUGGGUCAUAGCUGAUGUAGACAUCCCACCUCUAGAAAAGCUGGUUAUUUAUGGCAUUUUAGAGAUACGAAACCUCACAAACAACUCGACAUCUAAAAGCAGCAGUGUCUACAGGACAACUGUGCUCAAUGCUACGUACAUAUCUAUACAGGGUGGAAGGUUGAUAGCAGGGAAGGAGAACGAUCCAUUCCAGGGGGAGUUACACAUUAUCCUAAAAGGAAACCAUUCAACACCAGAGAUGCCUCUGCCUGAUGGUCCCAACCAGGGCUCCAAGGUUCUUGGUGUGUUUGGCCAACUGGACCUGCAUGGAAUGCCCCGCUCUGUUUACAGGACCAAGUUGGCAAGAACAGCAGCCGAAGGAUCCCAAACCAUUACUUUAGUGGAUGCUGUAGACUGGCAGGCUGGAGAAGAAAUUUUAAUCACUACCACCAGUUAUGAUACCUGGCAGACAGAAACCAGACAAAUUAUCACUGUGUCUCCUGACAUGAGAACUAUCACUCUGAAUGCUUCUCUCAACUACACCCACAUUGCUGAGAGCUAUUCUGUGGCCAACACAAGCUGGAAUUACACACUGGCAGCCGAUGUUGCUUUAUUGACCAGAAACAUAAAGAUCAUUGGGCAAGAUUACCCAGGCUGGUACCAAGAAUCGUUUGGUGUGCGGGUGCUGGUUAGCACAUUCUCGAUGAAUAACGUUCAGUAUACAGGAAGUGCAAGAAUUGAAAAUGUUGAAUUUUACCACAGUGGACAGCUGGGCUACACCGACCCAUCAGACCCCCGAUUUUCAUUGGCUUUCCUGUAUCUUGGAGAGGUAUCGAGGAACACCUCCUACGUCCAAGGCUGCUCCUUCCACCAGGGCUUCUCGCCAGCAAUUGGUGUUUUUGCCACCAACGGAUUGGAUAUUGAGGACAACGUUAUUUACUUUACAGUGGGAGAAGGAAUCAUAGUAUCAGGAGAACGUAUAACUGUGCGGGGAAAUCUUGUAUCAGUCGCUGUCUGGCCAGGAACCUACCAGGGAAGAUUUCAAGUAACCAAUAAUUUAUGGAAUGCUGGUAUAGAGAUCAGUGAAGGAACUGACAUAGUGUUACAGAACAAUGUGGUUGCUGGAUUUGAAAGAGUUGGAUACCACAUUAAUGGGGAACCCUGCACAGAUGGGAAUGACACCAGAGUACAGUGGCUGAACAAUGAAGCACAUGGAGGAUUAUAUGGAGUUUAUAUGAAUAAAGAUGGGCUUCUUAAGUGUUCCCUAAUCAGAAGAUUUACAGUGUGGAGAUGUUGGGACUAUGGCUUUUACUUCCAGGUACCAGUAAGUCUGAAGAUUACAGAAUCUGUAUUAGUUGACAAUGGCAUGGGAAUAUUUACUAUUGUUUACGGACCAGCCGCAACCUCUCAUGAGUUAUCUAAUAAAACUGUGGAUAUCUCGAAAUCAUUACUUGUGGGGAGCAGUCCAAGCUUCAACUGCAGCGAUAUCCUGACAGAUAAUGACCCCAAUAUUAAGAUAUCAGCAGGACAACGAAGCAUCAGGCCUCUGACAGGAGGAAGAAGUGGAAUCUGUUGGCCAUCAUUUAUCUCUUCUCAGAAUGGUGCACCAAAAGGACCUUUCGCUGGAACUAUUAGUUAUAAUUCAAUUACUGGCCUAAUGACUGUAAAAGAUACAACCUUCAUUGGAUACAAAAGCGUGUGCGCUAAUGAAGCCAAUAUCAUGUUUAUUACGAACCCCCUCAAUGAUGACUUACAGCAUCCAAUAGAAGUAUCUGGGAUCCAAAUGGCUGACAGUACAGAAGAUCAAAAAGUAUUUAUCCACAGACCCGAUCUCUCGAAGGUUAACCCCUCUGACUGCGUGGAUAUGGACUGUGAUGCCAAGAAGAAAAGCCUAUUAAAAGAUCUUGAUGGCUCCUUCCUUGGGCAUCAAGGUGCUGUGGUUCCACAGUCAGAAUACGCAUGGGAUACAGAUCCAAGAUAUGGUGUUGGGGACUACCGCAUUCCUAAGGUUAUGUUGACCCAGCUUAACGGAAGCCGAAUCCCGGUGGCAGAAGUGGCUCCAUACAAAGGGAUAAUAAGGGACUCAUCCUGUGUCUAUAUGUCUGCCUGGGAGGCCUAUAAAUGCUUUGGAUUAAAUUAUGAGAUGCUUGUUAUUGAGAGUCUUGAUAGUGAUACAGAGACAAGGAGACUGUCACCAGUUGCUGUGUUGGGUGGUGGUUACGUUGACCUUAUCAAUGGGCCCCAAGACCAUGGCUGGUGUGCUGGAUAUACAUGCCAAAAAAGAGUCUCACUGUUCCACGCUAUAGUGGCUACCAAUAAGUCAUUCGAUAUCUAUUUCACAAGCACCAGCCCACAGAGUCUGCGCCUUAUCCUACUGAAUACCAACAGUUCAAAAGCUGUCCGUGUUGGUAUAUUUUACUCAAAUCCUCAGCGGUUGGAUGUAUAUGUUAACAAUUCCUACGUACUUCCAACUAAUGGAUAUGUACAAAGCAAUGGAGACAUAUUAUUUAAGGCACCUUCCUACACAGGACAAUACACGCCUCAACUCAGUUCCAAUGUUGAUGGAGAAAACUACUUUGAUAAUGACUACAAGAUGCUCUAUAUCCUGGUUAGAGGGUCAACUCCAGUAGUAGUGCGUACCUCUCCUUUGAUAAUCGUUUCCUUUAACCUACCCGCCAUGACAGAGGAUCAGUUCUAUGGAGCCAACCUUGUUACAAACCUAGCACUCUUCCUGAAGAUCCCAGUGCAAAAAAUCCGCAUUACUAAAAUAAUCGCUGAAGGAAGUCGACGAAGGAAAAGGGCAGCUGGGGGGCUCACCGUGUCUGUGCAAAUUGCAGAUCGACCUGGUCAACUAACAAACAGCACUAACGGAACAGGCACGUAUAUUAUAUUCUUGUAUGUAAUUCAUGAUACCCUGAACUACUCAGAUUUUCAAAGCAUAAGUCAAAGCUUGGCCGCAGCUGCAGUGAAUGGCAGUUUGAGUUCUAUCCUGAAUGUUACUGUCGGCUCCUUGUCCAUCUCUAAUCCUAUUCCAUCUCCAGGUGAUCCAGCAUGGAACCAGUUUGCAAACCAGACUGUAGACAGAACUGAGAGCACAACUGGAAAUUACUUGGCCAGUGUAUCUACUCUCGUUGUUGUUGUGCAGCCAGUGGCCGGGACACCAGGACAAGUCCUAUCCCAACAGCCAGCAGUAAUGGCUCUGGAUUCUAAAGGAGCCUGCGUCUCUGUAAGUGUCAGCUCUCUGUCACUAACAGCACGGCUGAAGAAGAGUAACAAUGCUUAUGUGGACAGUGGGCUUGGCGGAAAUACUACUAUUCUUUUUAAUGGCUGCUGGGCCAAUUAUACUGAUCUUACUCUCAAACUACCAGGCAGUGGUUUCACGCUGGAAUUUACGCUCAACAAUAUCUAUGGACAGACCAGAUCUUUUGACAGUAGAACUUCGGGUAGCGCAAGCUCUACAGCUAGUGGAUUUGCAAAUAAUGACUUAAUGCAAGCAAUAGUGCUGCUUGCAAUCACUCUACUUGGGAUGAAUCUAUUCACGGUCCAGCUUUGAGGUAUGUAUUUGUCU